GCUGGCGGCGGCUGCCGCUGCACCGCUCGCAACUGCUUCUCCAGAGAAGCUGCUCGGGGGGUGGAAACAGAGCGAGUGGGGAGGAGGAGGGAGCGAUGCGAUGCGAUGCCCGGGGCUGCUCCCCAGAAACCUCGCUGCUCCUGGUGACCCCGCUCGCCAUGUGAUCCCGGCAGGGCUGAGGCUGGCUCCGAGAUGGGAACCUUAGGGAAGAGGAAAGAGAACCCUUUGCAAUGGAAAUCCAGGGUGGAAAAAAAGAAGUCUGUUCACUUCCACUCCCCUUACACGCUGACUAACUGCUGAAACCUGCACAAGGAUGCAGCACUGCCCCUAAAACAGCACUUGAACUGAAGCAGAUCAGUCCUUGUGCCUCCCAUUCAAAUCCUGCCCAGAUUACUGAGUUCAGAAUAAUGAUGCCUUUGGGACACUUAGCCAAAGGCGCCAGCCUGGAGAACCUCAUUGAAACCUGCCUUCAGUCUUUUGAUUCAGAGGGAAACCUAUGUCAAAACAACCAGCUGCUACAGAUAACACUGACCAUGCACAGAGUUAUCAUCCCCUCUGAGGAUGUGCUCCGAAAACUAAUUGAUCUAUAUCUGGAUGCUUUAGAAAAUAAGUCUUCUGGGCUUUGUGUAAAGAUAUGCUAUUUUGUAAGGUAUUGGAUAACAGAGUUCUGGAUCAUGUUCAAAAUGGAUUCUAGUCUAAUUAACACCAUGGAGGAAUUUCAGAAAUUGGUGAGAGCUAAUGGUGAGGAGUUACACUGUCGCCUAAUUGACACAACUCAAAUAAAUUCCCGGGAUUGGUCCCGAAAGCUUACACAGCGGAUAAAGCCCAACACCAGUAAGAAAAGGAAAGUCUCACUUCUCUUUGAUCAUCUAGAGCCGGAAGAGCUAUCAGACCACCUCACCUACCUUGAAUUUAAGUCCUUCCGAAGAAUAUCAUUCUCAGAUUAUCAGAAUUACAUUGUAAACAGCUGCGUAAAGGAGAAUCCAACAAUGGAAAGAUCCAUUGCUCUUUGUAAUGGUAUCUCCCAAUGGGUACAACUAAUGGUACUCAGUAGGCCAACACCACAGCUUCGGGCUGAAGUGUUCGUCAAGUUUAUUCAUGUUGCACAGAAGCUCCACCAGUUGCAGAAUUUCAAUACUUUAAUGGCAGUGAUAGGAGGUCUCUGUCACAGCUCUAUCUCCAGACUCAAAGAAACAAGUUCGUAUGUUCCUCAUGAGGUCAACAAGGUGUUUAAUGAAAUGACAGAACUGCUCUCAUCUUAUAGGAACUAUGACAAUUAUCGACGUGCUUACAAUGAGUGCACUAACUUUAAGAUCCCAAUCCUUGGGGUCCACUUGAAAGACCUGAUCUCCCUUUAUGAGGCCAUGCCAAAUUACUUAGAGGACCAAAAAAUUAAUGUGCAUAAACUACAGUCUCUGUAUAACCAUAUAAAUGAACUGAUACAACUCCAGGAGUUGGCACCUCCCUUAGAAGCUAAUAAGGAUCUUGUACAUCUGCUCACGCUGUCACUUGAUCUUUACUACACUGAAGAUGAAAUAUAUGAACUAUCAUACGCACGAGAGCCAAGAAGCCACCGAGCUGCACCUUUGACACCUUCCAAACCACCGGUAGUUGCAGACUGGGCCUCAGGCAUAGCUCCAAAACCUGAUCCAAAGACAAUCAGCAAGCACGUUCAGAGAAUGGUGGAUUCUGUCUUCAAAAAUUAUGACCAUGAUCAGGAUGGAUACAUUUCUCAGGAAGAAUUUGAAAAGAUUGCAGCCAGCUUUCCAUUCUCAUUUUGUGUCAUGGACAAGGACAGGGAAGGUCUGAUUAGCAGGGAUGAAAUAACAGCUUACUUUAUGAGGGCUAGCUCGAUCUAUUCUAAAUUAGGUCUUGGCUUUGCUCACAACUUCCAAGAGACCACUUACCUAAAGCCUACAUUCUGUGACAACUGUGCUGGAUUUCUCUGGGGAGUUAUUAAACAAGGAUAUAGAUGCAAAGACUGUGGAAUGAACUGUCACAAGCAGUGCAAAGACCUGGUUGUAUUUGAGUGCAAGAAAAGAUCCAAAAGCAUGACUGCAGAUAACAGCCCGACCUCAGCCCUCGCUUCUAGCCUCUGCCCUGUAGGAGUCAAAGAGCAAUUCCAUGGGCAGGAGGAAGGCCCCUUUACAUUUCCUAAUGGAGAAGUGGCUGAACACAAUGAAGAGAGCAAGGACCGAACAAUUAUGCUUAUGGGUGUCUCGUCCCAAAAAAUCUCAGUGAGAGUGAAGCCAGCUGUUCUUGAAAAGAGCACACAGACUGAGCCAGCACUGGCAAAUAGCGCUGUACCCAGUAGGCAGAUGGAGAAGGAGCAUGGGAUGUCAUCGGAAAAUAUUUAUCUACAGCCCGCAACACCAUCUCCAUGCCCAAGCCCAGUUCUAAGCCGCAAAAAGGCUUAUGUAAAAUGGGAAAACAAAGACUCAAGUCAGAAACGAAAGGAUGAGCAGCGCAUCUAUAAACCCUCGUACCAGGAAGUGGAGCAGGAAAGGAAUAUUCUAAAGGCAGAAAAUGAAGCUUUAAAGAUUCAGCUUAAACAGGCACACAAAACAAUUGAAUCUCUCAGUAUUCAACGCAGAAAUCAUGUCUUGGACAAUACACAACACAGAGACUGCGCGUAGCUGACAAGGCAGGAGCUCUCCUCUGGAUGAAUGUAAGAGGGCUUUUUGAACUGUGACAAAGCUGCUGUAUUCAAGUGAACAGGAAACAGAGACAAAGAUUUUAAAACAGAAAUAUACUCUGUUGAAUCAGCGUAUUUUGCCUGUUCAAUAUACUGCUGAAUGUAUAAAUGUGUUCCUUUCUCUGAUAGUUUAAAAUAAUUUAUCUUCUGAACAUGGGAAUUAAUACAUUCUGGAAUCUCUCUCAAGAAGGGCAAUAUAGGCCCAGAAGUUUAUAUUUAUCGUCAGUAAGCAACUUCUAUGUCCAAUAUGGAUGAUGCGACUCUACAAGUAGCUACUGUUUCUAUUGAGUGCCCAGUGCCACCAACAAGUGUUCCGACAAGGUAUGUAAAUAAGCAGACACUCCCAACUCAAAUUUGGCCCAAAUUCAGGUUUUCUAACAAACAUUUGAUAAAUCUAAGACUUUUGAGCAAUUUUUGAUGAGAGAGACUUCAUGGUCCCAAUCAUUGCUGCAUUAAGAACUGGAAAGUGCAACUGAGUUCAUUGAUUUUCAUCAUCCAACAUUAGAAAUAUGAACUGUCAAUAAGCAGUGAAACGAAUGACGAUUUUAAGUCUUUCCUUUUUAAUGCUCUACCAUGUGGUAUAUAAAUAUUUUUAUAACUGAUUAAAAUUAAGCAUUCCUUUAAAAUCCUUGCUUUUCGAGCUGGCCAUAGAGGUUCUAGCUACCCACACUUUUAACCCUGCAAAACUAAAAAUUAUAGUGCCUCAUACAGAGCACGAGACUAGAGAUUUCACACUGGAGUAUUGCUUCCACUUAAUGUCCCAUGCUACUAUUCAGGUCAAAUAGUCUUGAUACUGGCCCUGCUGGCUCAGUGGUUAAUGGUUGAAGACAGAUUUUAUUGGCAGGAGGAAAAGAUGUUGGCUAUUUUCUUUAACUUCUCUCCAUCUUUCAGUCCUUCAUUUAUAAGCGUGCAAUAUGUUCUGAUAUUUCAAGAUUUAAUCAUAAAAUACAAAUAUUAAAAUUAAGGAAGGGGAAUUUUCAGUCCAUGACAGCAUUUAACUGUCCUGGCCUCCAACUAUGGAACCUAUCAAAGUUGGGGAAGUACAAAGCCUCCUCCAUCAUUGACAGCCUUCCUCUAUAGCUUAAGUUAUUGUUAUUUAUUAUUUCUGGAAACUCGCCAGGGACUAGGACUCUAGUGGGCUAAGUACUGUACAAAUAACAUGAAGGCACUCCCUGCCCCCAAGAGCUCAUGAGCUAGGAUUUGUUGGCAUAAAUACAAAACAGACUGUGUAUGUGAUUAUUACGUGGUUGUUAGCAUUUCAGAAAAAAAGUGGCCGUGGAACAAUUCUGAGAAGGCUGGGGGCGGGGAGAAGUUGCAUGGGGAAUUUCAGGUUAUGUUCUUGUGUUUAGUUGACUAACGGUUCAGCUAAGCAACCACAAUCCACAGCAAACGUGUCCCUCCAUCGUGAACCCAUCCCUCCCCAGAGAACCUCCUCUUCCCGCUCCUUACCUGCAAUUGUCUUCUUGGGAGGAGGAUUGAAGGUCUGUAUUUCUCCCCUUGCAUGGUUCAACAAGCAGCAGCAGGAUGUUUUCCACCCUUCCUCUCUCUCUCUC